UUCCGCAAACAGUCCCAGUACAUCUCCGCCGCAGACUACGAUGAGUGGUUCGCCGGCUACGAAAAGUACAUGCGCCAUCGCCGCCGGCGCUGGGAGACUUAUCUCCGCGACCUCAAGAUAGAGAUUGGCGACGACGGCGUGCCGCUCGCGUUCCCGCCAAAAUCAAAAAAGACGAAAAGAUACAUCAGAAAGGGAAUCCCGAUCGACUGGCGAGGCGCGGCCUGGUUCUGGUACGCAAAGGGGCCCGAGUAUUUGAAGAAGAACCCAGGUCUCUACGAACGGCUCUGGACGCGCGGACUCGGGUCGCCCCCCGUCGACUCUGAGCUCAUCGAGCGCGAUCUGCACCGAACGUUUCCUGACAACAUCCACUACCGCGACACCGACAGCCAGCAGCAACCCACUACUACCGGCGGCUCCCCUGCGACCACACCCGGCUCGACCAAAAGCGGCAGCAGCAACUCGCGACGAAACUCGUCCGUGCCAGAGACGCCGAUCGUGCAGUCUCUGAGGCGCGUGCUGUAUGCGUUCUCGCUCUACGUUCCGAAAACAGGAUACUGCCAGAGUCUGAACUUUGUGGCUGGGUUACUGCUGCUGCUGAUGGAGGAAGAAAAAGCAUUCUGGAUGCUCGUCAUCAUGACCCAGCGUUACCUACCCGGCGUGCACGAGAUCAACCUCGAAGGCGCGAAUAUCGACCAGGGCGUGUUAAUGAUGUGCGUCAAGGAGUCGCUGCCGAUCGUAUGGAAUAAGAUUGGUGCGGGACUGGAGGGGUAUAUGCAUGAUGAUAUGAUUGUCAGGUUGCCGCCGAUUACACUGUGUACCGCCGCAUGGUUUAUGAGUGGUUUUAUUGGUGUCUUGCCUAUUGAGUCUGUUGCCCGUGUCUGGGACUGUUUCUUCUACGAGGACUCCAAAAUCUUCUUCAGAAUCGCCCUCACGAUCCUCAAACUCAGCGAACCCCAGAUCGAGUCCGUCCGCGACCCAAUGGAAAUCUUCCAAGUCGUCCAAACAAUCCCCCGCCAACUCCUCGACGCCUCCUCGCUCAUCCAAUCCUGUUUCCGCAGACACAACGGCUUCGGCCACAUCUCCCAGGACGAGAUCUCCCAGCGGCGC